AUGAUUCAUGAACAAGAACUUUAUAAUCUUGAUGACGAUGAUGAUGAAACAGAAGAAGGUGACAAUGCUUUGUCGCUUCCACCAAAAUCACAAAAGCAGGGAAGGAUGCUUCCACCAAUGUCUUCUAGUUGUGGAUCUACUGGCAAGACCAAAGGUCCUAUGGAUUGUUACUUCUCGCGAAAAUCUGGAGAUAAGGAAGGAAAAAGUGGUAAUCCUCAAGUUGAUGCAAAAGCAAUUUUGAGGGACCAUGAAGUAACCUUUUUUGCCCGGUGGAUAUAUGAUGCAGGUCUUCCUUUUAAUUGUGUUAAUAAUACUGACACUUUUGCUGCUUUUAUUGAGGUCGUAGGCCAAUAUGGCCCAGUAAUGAAGCCUCCAACUUAUUAUGAAGUUAGUGGGCCAUAUCUACAAAAAGAGGUAGCAGAGGUGAACAAAAUCGUGGAGGAGCACAAAGUAGAAUGGAACAGGUUUGGUUGUUCUAUUAUGAUGGAUAAGUGGACAGCGAGAAAUGGAAAAAUGAUCAUCAAUAUCUUGGUGAAUUCUCCUAAGGGAAGCCUGUUUCUUGAGUCCGUUCAUGCAAGCGACUCUUCGACUGAUUCAACCAAAAUGUACUCCUUGUUCAAGAGUAAAAUAAACUCUAUUGGAGCAGAAAAUGUUGUUCAAGUUGUCACGGACAACGCCAGUGAAAAUGUUGAAGCUGGUGAUUUGAUGUCUGCUGCGUACCCGCAUAUCUAUUGGACACAGUGUGCAGCAAAUUCUGUUAAUUUGAUCUUUGGUGACAUUUUCAAGGAAAGACCCUUCAGUACUGUCUUUAGUCAGGCAAUUAGAGUGCAUUCCUAUAUUGUUCAAAGGCCUUUAUUAUUGAACAUGAUGAAGAAAUUCACUAAACAAAGAAGCUUGGUGAAACCUGCAAAGACAAGAUUUGCUACUGCUUUCUUGACUUUGGCUAGGAUGUAUGAGCAAAAAAGCAAUUUGAAGAAGUUGUUUGUUUCAGAUGAGUACACUAGCAGUGCCUGUGGAAGGGAAGCUCGAGGGAGAGAAUCUGCAGAUAUUAUACUUUCUCCUUGA